CUCCUUCUUCCCUCUGCACUUCCUCCUCCCCUCCCAAAAUAAAUCCUAGGCCCCUCCCCUCGCCCGUCCCCAGGAUCUGACGUGAGCUUGACACCUUUUGGUUUUUCUCUCCCGCAGCCCCAGAUUCACUCUCUCCGGGUUCCACCACCACCCCCUCCCCGCCAAGUCCUCUAGAGCCCAGUGGAGACCCUCCCGAUUUCCAAGCCUCCAGAAACCGCUCCGCCCCUCCCCGUAUCCCCAGCUAGGGGUUUCAGCCCAGGAGCCUGAGCAAGAGGGUAACCGGGUGACCCGGCCUUUUCGGGCCUCUUGGCCCCACCCCUUGCAGUCGUGGCCGCGCCCCCCUCGACUACGGACCUGGGAGCAGAAGACUGAAGAGAUUGGGCAAAGGGGGGCCUCCAAGCGCCCCCCAGCCCAGUUCCAUCCUUUCAUCCCUGGGGCACAGAAAUUGGCUUUCUUUGCUGAACCGUAUCAGGAGGAAAAAAAAUCUAUUGAGGGAAAAAGAGAAGCCGGAGGCAAGGUGGCAACUGGAUUAUUUAGGAGAGGCGUCAAACAGAGAGAUCGGCUGAGUCGCCAUGGGGACCCCCAGGGCCCAGCACCCGCCGCUGCCUCCCCGGCUGCUGUUCCUCAUUCUGCUGAGCUGUCCCUGGAUCCAGGGUCUUCCCCUGACAGAAGAAGAAUUACAGCCGGAGUCCGGAAGCGAGACCCCCACCGUGGCCACUGAGGUGCUGGCAGAGCUGAUCCACGGAGCCCUGCUGAGAAAGGGGCCAGAGAUGGGCUACCUACCGGGAUCUGACCCAGACCCCACACUAGCUACCCCUCCUGCUGGACAGACUCUUGCUGCACCCUCCCUCCCUCGGGCCACUGAGCCAGGGACAGGACCUCUGACAACAGCUGUGACCCCAAAGGGGACCAGAGGGGCAGGCCCCACAGCACCAGAGCUGCUGACCCCACCGCCAGGAACCACGCCACCCCCCUUACCUGGCACUGCCUCCCCAGGCCCGCCGGCCGGGCCAGAGGGGGGAGAAGAGGAGACCACCACCACGAUCAUCACCACCACCACUGUCACCACCACCGUUACCAGCCCAGUUCUGUGUAACAACAACAUCUCUGAGGGAGAGGGGUACGUGGAGUCUCCAGAUUUGGGGAGUACUGCCAGCCGCGCCUCGGGGCUCCUAGACUGUACCUACAGCAUCCACGUCUACCCUGGCUACGGCAUUGAGAUCCAGGUGCAGAUGCUGAACCUGUCUCGGGAAGAGGAACUGCUGGUGCUGGCCGGCGGGGGGUCCCCAGGCCUUGCCCCCAGACUCCUGGCCAACUCCUCCAUGAUGGGAGAAGGACAGGUCCUCCGGAGCCCAACCAACCGGCUGCUCCUACACUUCCAGAGCCCGAGGGCCCCCCGAAGCGGUGGCUUCAGGAUCCACUAUCAGGCCUACCUCCUGAGCUGUGGCUUCCCUCCCCGGCCAGCCCAUGGGGACGUGAGUGUGACAGACCUGCACCCUGGAGGCACUGCCACCUUCCACUGUGACUCGGGCUACCAGCUACAGGGCGAGGAGACCCUUGUCUGCCUCAAUGGCACCCGGCCAGCCUGGAGCAGUGAACACCCUAACUGCGUGGCAUCCUGUGGUGGCACCAUCCACAAUGCGACACUGGGCCGCAUUGUGUCCCCUGAGCCCGGGGGGGCGCCCGGGCCCAAUCUCACCUGCCGCUGGGUCAUCGAAGCAGCUGAAGGACGUCGGCUACACUUGCACUUUGAAAGAGUCUCGCUAGAUGAAGACAAUGACCGGCUGAUGGUCCGCUCCGGAGGUAGCCCGCUGUCCCCGGUGAUCUAUGACUCGGAUAUGGAUGAUGUCCCAGAGCGGGGUCUCAUCAGUGAUGCCCAGUCCCUCUAUGUGGAGCUGCUCUCAGAGACACCAGCCAACCCCCUGCUGCUGAGCCUCCGAUUUGAAGCCUUCGAGGAAGAUCGCUGCUUCGCCCCCUUCUUGGCACACGGCAAUGUCACCACCACAGACCCUGAGUAUCGCCCUGGGGCUCUGGCCACCUUCUCAUGCCUCCCAGGAUAUGCUCUGGAGCCCCCAGGGCCCCCCAACGCCAUUGAAUGCGUGGACCCGCCCGAGCCCCACUGGAAUGACACAGAGCCAGCCUGCAAGGCCAUGUGUGGAGGGGAGCUGUCUGAGCCCGCUGGCGUGGUGCUGUCUCCCGACUGGCCCCAGAGCUACAGCCCCGGCCAGGACUGCGUGUGGGGCCUGCAUGUUCAGGAAGAGAAGCGCAUCCUGCUCCAGGUUGAGAUCUUGAAUGUACGUGAAGGGGACAUGCUGACGCUCUUCGACGGGGACGGGCCCAGCGCUCGAGUCCUGGCCCAACUGCGGGGACCUCAGCCGCGCCGUCGCCUCCUUUCCUCCGGGCCCGACCUCACGCUGCAGUUCCAGGCACCCCCCGGGCCCCCAAACCCAGGCCUGGGUCAGGGCUUCGUGCUGCACUUCAAAGAGGUCCCGAGGAACGACACCUGCCCCGAGCUGCCGCCUCCGGAGUGGGGCUGGAGGACGGCGUCCCACGGGGACCUGAUCCGCGGCACGGUGCUCACCUACCAAUGCGAGCCUGGCUACGAGUUGCUCGGCUCCGACAUCCUCACCUGCCAGUGGGACCUGUCCUGGAGCGCCCCGCCCCCCGCCUGCCAAAAGAUCAUGACGUGUGCCGACCCCGGUGAGAUUACCAACGGCCACCGCACCGCCUCGGAUGCUGGCUUCCCUGUGGGCUCCCACGUCCAGUACCGCUGUCUGCCGGGGUACAGCCUGGAGGGGGCUGCCGUGCUCACCUGCUACAGCCGAGACACAGGCACGCCCAAGUGGAGCGACCGGGUCCCCAAGUGCGCCUUGAAGUAUGAGCCAUGCCUGAACCCCGGGGUGCCAGAGAACGGCUACCAGACCUUAUACAAGCAUCACUACCAGGCGGGCGAAUCCUUGCGCUUCUUCUGCUACGAGGGCUUCGAGCUCAUCGGCGAGGUUACCAUCACCUGUGUGCCCGGCCACCCCUCGCAGUGGACCAGCCAGCCUCCACUCUGCAAAGUGGCCUAUGAGGAGCUCCUGGACAACCGGAAACUGGAAGUGACCCAGACCACAGACCCAUCGAGACAGCUGGAGGGUGGAAACCUUGCCUUGGCCAUCCUACUGCCCCUAGGCUUGGUCAUUGUCCUUGGCUGUGGCAUUUACAUAUACUACACCAAGCUGCAAGGAAAAUCCCUCUUUGGCUUCGCGGGCUCCCACUCUUACAGCCCCAUCACGGUGGAGUCAGACUUCAGCAACCCGCUGUACGAAGCUGGGGAUACUCGGGAGUAUGAAGUGUCCAUCUGAAUCCCAGGACAGAGGCCGCAGGACCCAGGACAGCCCUCCCCGCCUCUCUGAGCAGGGGGAGACCAGGCUCCUGGCUCCCCUCCCCCCUGCUGUGUAAAUAGCCUUCCAGUCCCCCAAAGGGGGCGCUCCGGUGGCCCGGAGACCCCACCGUAAAUAAACCAGCAUCCUGUCGCCCAAAGCCGCCUCUUCUCAGCUGCCAACCAGGGGCCUGCCCCCACCCUGCGUACCCAUCACUGGCUUUUGGACCCUGGAAGGGGAACUCAGCCAGCCUGCAACUCCCAGGGCCCCUCCAGCCCAGGACACCCCACGAGGACGGCCCCACUACCUGGUGGCUGUAGUCUGUUUCUCUUGACCACCAGGGCCCACUGCCCCCACGUGCCCCGGGCCCCCAGGUCUGAGCGCUGGCCUGGCUGAGUCAGAGGACCAGGGGUGAAGGAGUGGAGCGAGCUGGGUCAAGCCCCUGCCUGCGGUCUCCCCAACCUACCACAUCCCCAUCUUGGCUUCUGGAUUUUUGUUUUUGAGCAAUAAACCGAAAAUCACCAUUUCUAACUGGGCUGCUGGGUUCCGGGGGCAGCAGGUUAAACCGUCUGUCCCUGGGGUGGGGGGGAUGGCCACGGCAGCCUCUCUGGAGAAAGCGCCGGAAAUAGAGAAUGGAAAUCUAAAAGGAGACAGCAUGAUUGUCAGGGUUGGGGGCUGGCCUGAGGUCCAAGAGUGCGGCCUUCGGCUCCGCCUCUAUGGCGGAACAGGUGGACAAGGUACCACUGUGACGGGACUUACAGACUCAGGCCAAACCCGCUGUUGCUGAGUUGACCCCGGUCGACAGCGUAGACCUGUUUCUGCCGGUCUCUGCGGAAGCAGGCUGCCACAUCUUUGCCCUGCACCGCUGACCUUUCAGUUAGCAGCCCCAUGCUUAAUCCACCGUCUCACCAGGGCUCCUUCCAGCGGGACAUGGUGGUGGGCUGGACAUCACUCCGCCCUUCUAGCAGGAAGAGAGCCGGGAGGUAGCCUUCCCCCUCUCAUGACUGGGCAGGAGGCAAACGCUUUCCAGUAUUUUCCGGCCCGGUUUGCCUCUUCUUUCCGCCUCCCUCUGGAAUUUAGUAAGUGUGCUGUUUUGUUUGGAUGUUUUUGUUUGUUUGUUUUUGGCAUUUUAAGUAUAUCUCCUGUUAUAUUUCUACCAAGUAUUGUGCCCAUGUGCAGCAUUUCAUAAACGAUGGUCUCUUU